UCCUCCCCCCCUCACCUCAGCGAUGUCCGCGAGGGGCAUGGAGUUGGCCGGAGCCUAUAAAAGCCCCUGACAAGAGCCCCAGCGCCACCGCCAGCACCGGCAAGCGAGAGCAAGGCGGCACACAGCGCGCGAGCGGCAACAGCAACAGCAGCACGAGCCACAGCAGACGACGACGAGGAGGAACCCGGGCGCCGCUGAGCCAUCACCAUCACCAUGUCUUGGGGUUACGGCAAGGACAACGGACCUUCUCACUGGCAUGAGAACUUCCCCAUUGCCAAUGGAGAGCGCCAGUCCCCAAUCAACAUCCAACCGAAGUCUGCCAAGUAUGAUGCCUCCUUGAAGUCCCUGAACAUCAGUUAUGACCCAUCAGCAGCCAAAAACAUAGUGAACAACGGGCAUUCCUUCAACGUGGAGUUUGAUGACUCUGGUGACAAAUGCGUGCUGAAAGGUGGUCCAGUUGAGGGAACUUACAAGCUGCUUCAGUUCCACAUUCAUUGGGGUUCCUGUGAAGGCCAAGGCUCUGAACACACUGUGGAUGGGGUGAAAUAUGAUGCUGAGCUUCAUUUGGUUCAUUGGAACACAAAGUAUGGUAGUUCUGGUGAAGCUGUGAAACAUCCCGAUGGCCUGGCCGUUGUGGGCGUGUUUUUGAAGGUAGGAAGUGCCUGUCCUGGAAUACAGAAAGUUGUUGAUGCGCUGGACACCAUUAAACACAAGGGCAAACAGGCUGCCUUCACAAACUUUGAUCCAACCAGCCUGCUUCCUGCCUCCCGUGAUUUCUGGACCUACCCAGGAUCACUGACCACUCCUCCUCUGCUUGAAUGUGUGAUCUGGAUUGUUCUGAAGGAGCCCGUGACUGUCAGCAAGGAACAGAUGGACAAGCUCCGCUGCCUUUGCUUCAGCUGCGAGGGCGAGUCCCACUGUGCCAUGGUGGACAACUGGCGCCCUUGCCAGCCCUUGAAGACCAGGGAAGUUAGAGCCUCCUUCCAAUAAGCUGUGCCCAUUAAACAUUGCUGUGUCCUUGAGGGUUGAGUUAUUUUCUGCUAAGCACAAAUCAAACUACUGCCAUAUACAUGCACUGGCAACAUCUCUCUUCUCCCCCAAAUCCCAGUGCUUUCUGCCUAUCAUCUUCUGACGUUUCUAAUAAUGAAGGCCAUAAAGUGUGGUUGUGUUUGCGGCAUGUUUGCAGUGUGUAUGCCAGGCUAAAGAGGGCAGGGGAGGGGAAUCAUGGUGUGAUGCUGGAUGAGAAUUGCUGUGAUUUUUUUAUUUGAUUUCUUUGGUGCUGAGGCUGUAAUAGGAGAUCUUCAUUUGGCAGCUUGCCAAAGGAUAGGGUGAUAAGCAACAGAAAAAAACAAGCCAUUUUUU